AUUGUUGACAAAUUGAAAAAUUUAUUCAUACCUAUUUUCCUCUGAGAUAUUUUCAAUUUUGCAUUUUGUAAAUUGUAGGUACCUACUUACGAAAAGGAUUUAUGUACGAAAUGCAGAUUUAUUUGGCAAUAUUGUAUUUAUAAAUAGACAAAUAUUAAUUAUAUAAAAAUAAGAAUAUGUCUAAAUUAUACUGACAUAAUAUCUAUUACUGUUUUUUUGUGUUCACUUAGACUGAUUUUUCAUUUAGUAUAUUGAUAUAUAAAAUUAGACUAAAAUAUGAGUACUUUGGCUGCUGAUGAUGUAAAAGGUGAAGGAGAAGGUAAUUCGACAGACAAUCCUUUAAAAAGACGUCUGGCGCAAGAUGCUGAUUCUGAAGAUCAGCCACCAAGCAAAGUAGCGCACACUUCUAUUGUUGCUGCUCAUUACAACCAUUUAGAAGAGAAAGGUCUGAGGGAACGAUUUAAUUCACCAAUAUUUUACUUGAGAAACUUUAACAAUUGGGUUAAAUCUGUCCUUAUCCAAGAAUAUGUUGAUAAAAUUCGAGAAAAAGAUUAUGGCCGACCAUUAAAAGUACUUGAUAUAUGCUGCGGUAAAGGUGGAGAUAUGGGCAAAUGGCAGAAGGCACGUGUGGAACAUGUUGUGUUUGCAGACAUUGCUGAAGUUUCUGUUCAACAAUGCAAGGAAAGAUACAAAGAUAUGAGAGGUAAUUCAUUUUCUGCACAGUUUAUUGCCGCUGAUUGUACAAAAGAAUGCUUGCGAAACAAAUAUGCAGAUCCUUCCAUUCGAUUUGAUAUAGUAAGCUGCCAGUUUGGUUUGCAUUAUAGUUUUGAAAGUUUAGGCCAAGCAAGGCGUAUGCUAAUGAAUAUUACUGAAUGCCUUAAGCCUGGUGGAUAUUUUUUUGGAACAUUACCAAAUGCAAAUGAAAUAGUAUCUCGUGCUCAAAAAUCCGAAAAUGGAGAAUUCGGAAAUAGGAUUUACAACAUCAAACUGAUGUUCGAUGCAAAGGAUGGUUAUCCAUUAUUUGGUGGGAAAUAUGAUUUUCAUUUGGAAGGAGUUGUGGAUUGUCCUGAGUUUUUAGUCUAUUUUGAUUUAUUUCAGAAGUUAGCUAGCGAAUAUGAUCUUGAAUUAGUAUAUAAGGCGGGAUUAGCAGAUGUAUAUAAAGACCAUGUGGAAAAAUAUAAGCAUUUACUAUACAAAAUUAAAUGUUUUGAAAGUUAUCCGCCACCACCAGGCAAGGAUUUGAUUGCUAAUGAAUCUGAGUAUGAACAUGCAAAAGUAUUUUGGGAGAAUCACAAAAAUACAAAUGAACGUUAUAGCCUUAGUACAAUGAGCAAAUCGGAGUGGGAAGUAGCUAAUGUAUAUAUGGCAUUUGUGUUCAAAAAAUGUAAGAAACAAGAGAAAGAACCAAGAAACAAGACGGAUGAAAACCCCUCAAAAAGGGAUGCGAGUUCUAAACAAUGAGGUUUAAUGUAUAGAUAAAUAAUUUUAAGUACUGUGUAAAAUUAAGCACUUGCAUUAGGAGUAUAAAUAAAAAGUUAUCUACCAGUAACAUUUUUAAAACAGGUUUCAUAAUUAUUAUCAUACAGAAAUAUACAAAUUUUGACAAUUUUUCAUUACUAUUUGGAAUAAAAUAUUAAUUUGUGUAUGUGCCCUUACGCACUAGCGGUUAAUCGCGGGGGCGGCACCGCGCGAUUAGCCGCUUUCCCAUUUUAAUAUGCAACCGCUUUUAUGAUUAGUGCGUACAAUCA